AUGCAGAAGAACCUCAAGCAGGUGGAUUGGCUUGACGGGCCCACUCGACAGGCCGCUGUUGAAAAGAUAGGCACCAUAACCAAUCUUAUUGGGUACUCGACUCUCGCCGAGCACUUUCCGUACGAACUACGCGGCGACGCACUACAUGCAGAGAAUAUAUGCGGGAUCGUCAUGAAGCAUCGGUAUAAUCGAGAUAUAGGACGGAUCAGUGGUCUAUUGAACCGCAACGAUUGUACAACAAUGGAUGUUGAAUCGCCAUUUUUCGCUUUUGAAUACCACCUGCAUGCAACUUUACUUCUAUUGGUUGUAUCAUCGGUCACGAGCUCACGCAUGGCAUUGAUAACUCUGGAAGAUACUACACUGGUGACGCAUCUUACUGGUGGAGUAACGACACAGCAAACAAGUUUUGAUGAAGCAAUACAAUAG